GUUUGGAGAUGAAAGAUCUGACAUGGACCCUGCACACAUUAAAAUCCAGAGGAGGGGGGGAAACUGAAUCCAACAGAGCCAUCACUAAUGGUGCGAUACAGGGCAUAUACUCUUUCUUAUUUGUGGCAUCCAAAAGACUGAGACAACAUUUCCAUCCAGCUAUCCACCGUGAUCCCAAGAUGACUUUCCCGAUGGCCUCUACGCAAGAUGCCAGGUUUGGCCAGAAGGACACAUCAGACCAGAACUUUGAUUACAUGUUCAAACUGCUCAUCAUUGGAAACAGCAGCGUUGGGAAAACCUCUUUUUUGUUCCGUUAUGCCGACGAUUCUUUUACCUCGGCUUUUGUCAGCACCGUUGGGAUCGAUUUCAAAGUCAAGACGGUUUUCAAAAAUGAAAAAAGAAUUAAGCUGCAGAUUUGGGACACAGCCGGUCAAGAGAGAUAUAGGACAAUUACGACAGCCUACUAUCGGGGUGCAAUGGGCUUCAUUUUAAUGUAUGACAUCACCAAUGAGGAAUCCUUCAAUGCUGUGCAAGACUGGUCAACCCAAAUAAAAACUUAUUCCUGGGAUAAUGCCCAGGUUAUUUUGGUCGGUAAUAAAUGCGACAUGGAAGAAGAACGGGUAAUCUCCACCGACAGAGGGAAACAUUUAGCAGAACAACUUGGUUUUGAAUUCUUUGAAACAAGUGCCAAGGACAACGUCAACGUCAAGCAGACCUUUGAACGGCUUGUGGAUAUCAUCUGCGACAAAAUGUCAGAAAGUCUGGAGGCAGAUCCUGCCAUUGCUGCCGGUAAACAGAACACGAGACUAAAGGACAGCCCUCCUCCACAGCAACCCAACUGUGGCUGUUAAUAGAGUCAUUGUCGACAGAGGCGGCUCCAGCGUGUUCUUUUGCCAAUAGAGUAUUUACAUAGGGUCUAUAUGCCUUUAUUUAUAACGUCUUACCGGUUCAUUUUUGGGAAAAUAUGUCUUCUUUAACGCCCACUGCUGGUACAGUAUGUGCAUAGAGUUGCUUUGCGAAACAGAUCGCAAAUGUGUAAGGACAGGGCCCUCCGAUUUCUCAGCAUUUGGCCUCUGCACGUAGAUGGCUGUUCGUCUGCGCUCUUUAUGUUCACCUUUAUGCCCGUUCCACCUUUAGCUGGUGCUGUGACUUCAGCUCCCCAUUUUGCCUUGAUUUUUCCUCAUCCUUCAUCCCAUUUCCGGUUAAUGCUAUUUACUCUUCUAGGUUGAUGAUCCAGCAAGUCAGAAAUAGGACUCCUGCUCCUUGGCACUCCAAAUCAAUACUAGCACUGCAGAAAGGUAGCAAUCUAAUCACGCAAGCACGCUGUACCUUCCAGGUAACUUGCUAGUCUGCAUUCCCCAGAGAAGUCCAUGUUUCAAGGUGGCUGGGGCCCAUUAGCAAAACCACAGGUGUCCUGCUAAGCAGCAGCAGGGAUGGAGAAUUUAGAUCUCCCAGAUCAGAGCUACCUGCCUCUCAGACAGCCUUCAUUGGGAAGGGUGUCCUACAUUCAGAACCAAGACACAAUAGUUCCCUGGCUUUCAGCCAUAGGCCUUGCAGAGUCUGAUUGUUUACCAAGUAUUUCUGGGUUUUUGGUUUUCCUUCACUUGAGCAUUGCUUAUCUUGAGGGAUACUUGUCCAAACUUCAGACCAUAUUCACGCAAACUUUAAUUUCAGUUGAAUAAUAAUAAUAAAACCACUGUAAAUUCUUAACACUUUCACUUUUGUAUCGGUCACACUCAGUGGGCAGUUAAAAAUGAAGAAGGGACUGGAGUAUGGGGUGUUUUUUUUUUAAAGUGGAGUAACUCACUUCAGUUGUUUAUGGUGUAAGCAGCCAAGGUGUAGGAUUUGUCCUUCCCAGGAUAUCUCAGUGCACAACAGAGAAUACAGUUACUUGCACUACAGAAAGUAGAGCCAAAAAUAACUCCCACUACAACUAACACACUUAUUUUCAUAUGGACACAGAUGGAAGUUCCAAGGAUUCAGAGCUUUGAAUAUAGAUAGAUAUACUAGUGAAGUCAUUGGAGGCCAAUGGAAAGAAAUUUAUUCUUCUCUAAUUGUCGAAAGCAUGUAC